AUGUCUACCCUGGGCUCGGAUGUCUCGGACGACAAGGAGAAGGGUCCCGUCUUUCACGACUCGACGGUGCCCGCCGCGGAGGUAGCGCCAGAAGACGUUCUGGUCAAGCGCUAUGGCCGACUCGGACCUCUGCUGUCUAAGCUUUUCGCCAGUGGAGUAGAGGCCCGAGGUGUUGAGCGAGUUCCGGAGGACCAGCGGGAGACGAAAAACAUGUGGAACAACCUGCUUAUGUGGUGGUCCGUCAACACGGUCCUGACAACAAUUCCCAUUGGCACCCUAGCACAAGAAUUCUAUUUCCUGAGCCUGCCCCAUGCUAUCGCUACAAUCCUUUGCUUUGGCGCUCUGGGCGGAAUCGCUACCGCCUUCAUCAGUACCCUAGGACCGAAGACGGGACUCCGCACCAUGAUCAUAACACGGUUCAGCUCGGGCUACGUGGGUGGAACAAUAUAUUCAAUCCUCAACAUCCUCACGCAGUUGGGCUUCUCAGUGACUGCGGUAAUCCUCGGUGGUCAAACCCUUGCUUCCAUCAACCCUGGUACACUGCCACUUGUCGUCGGUAUCAUCAUCAUCGGUCUUCUCAGCUUGAUCCCUUGCUUCGUCGGGUACAACUACGUGCACUACUAUGAGCGGUAUGCGUGGAUUGUGAUCUUCAUCAUAAUCAUGUUCCUCUGGGGUCUUGGUGGACACGCCGGCUUCGAUGUGAAUGCUCAGAAGCCUCUAGAGGACACGGGCAGAGCGUUGUCAGCGGACGUCCUCAGUUUCGGAGGUAUCGUCUUCGGCUCGUUCACCGGUUGGGCCCCGGUCGCGGCGGACUACAAUUGCAGGCUUCCCGCGAACACUUCUAGCACGAAGAUCUUCUUGCUCACGUUCUUUGGCCUGUGGAUCCCGAUUUGCUUCGUGGAGAUCUUAGGCGCUGCCUUGAUGACCAUCACGAAUCCUGCAUACGUACAAGCCUAUGCCGACGGUAGCACCGGAGGGUUGGUAGCAAAAGUUCUCUCCCCUUGGGGUGGCUUCGGCAAAUUCUUGCUUGUUCUGCUUGGGCUCUCCGUUGUUGCAAAUAACAUUCCGAACACCUAUAGCGCAGGCCUUGCCAUGCAGUCGAUCGGCCGUCCGUUUGCUAUGGUUCCCCGCUUCUUCUGGACAUUCCUCGCGUUUGUCAUCUACACCGUCGCAGGCGUGGCUGGUCGCGAGCAUUUCUCGGAGAUCCUGUCGAACUUCCUGAGCAUCCUCUCGUACUGGACAGCCUUCUUCAUCGUUAUCGUCGCCGAGGAGCAUUUCAUCUUCCGCCGGAAAGGCGGCCCUCUCGGUGGAUACAAUCUUGAUGAAUGGGAUAGCCCAAGCCGACUCCCACUGGGCGCGGCAGGAGUGUUGGCCGGUUGCUUUGGCGUCGCAGGCGCUGUUGUCGGGAUGUCCGAGGUGUGGUACACAGGACCAUUAGGCAAGAUGGCCGGCGCAGAGUUUGGUGCCGACCUGGGCUUUGAGCUUGCUGCGGCGUUUGCAGCGGUGACGUACCCUCUCCUGCGGUGGCUGGAGAUUCGUCUGACAGGGCGGUAGCCUGCUGACGAGAGAGCGCGCUCUGUACGUUAUCUAUGCUACAUAGUAUGUAGUAUAUUUCUUGCGAUUUGGAUGGCCGUUCAAGCCUCCAAACGAC